GGUACGCGGCGCUGGUGCGUGCGGCGGGCUGGCGGGCGGGCGUGUCAUUCGCUGCGCCCCUGGCGGGGCUAAGGAGGUAGCUGUGGCUCCCGUUGCCCCCGCCGCCGCCGCCGCCACCGCUGCCACAGCAGCCGGGUGAGGCUGAACCGUGCAGCGCUGGGAGGCGAUCGAGGGGAAACCAGGUCACAGACGCGCAGACACACACAUCCACCCGAUCACAUUCAUGCACUCCUUUGCACGCACCGAUCGGGAACAAGGACUCUGACUCUGGAAUUGGCUGUUUUUCUUGGGGUGGCCACUGUCUUCUGCAUGCUGACUUCCCAACAUGGUUUGACGGAGGAGAAGGUGAUUUCAGCAAAUAAGAAGAUCCAGAAUGAUUACUGACCCAUGACUCCCAACAGUAUGUCAGAAAAUGGCUUUCCAGCAUGGGACAAGCGGAAGCCUCCCCCGCCUCCUCCCGACCAGGAAUACACCUGGGGGCUCGUAGCGAUGUCUGAAGACUGCUUCCACCGGAAGGGCCACUCAGAGAGCGGCAGCGGGGCGCUGAAGAGCGAGCCGCCCCCGCCGGCACCCCGGCUCCAGGCUCCGGCCCCUUGGACGAGCUCCGUAUUCCACCUGGACCCCCACGAGGCCCACGAGCAGGGCGUGGCGAGCACCCAGGCCGACCCGACCGAAGAGAAGAAAUGUAAAGGGUACAUACCCAGUUACUUAGACAAGGACGAGCUAUGUGUAGUUUGUGGUGACAAAGCCACUGGGUAUCACUACCGAUGCAUCACUUGUGAAGGCUGCAAGGGUUUCUUUAGGAGAACCAUUCAGAAAAAUCUCCACCCAUCCUAUUCUUGUAAAUAUGAAGGAAAGUGUGUAAUAGACAAAGUCACUCGGAACCAGUGCCAGGAAUGUCGCUUCAAGAAAUGCAUUUACGUUGGCAUGGCAACCGAUUUGGUAUUGGAUGACAGCAAACGGUUGGCAAAAAGGAAGCUGAUAGAAGAAAAUCGUGAGAAGAGGCGCCGGGAAGAGCUGCAGAAAACCAUUGGGCACAAGCCAGAACCGACAGACGAGGAAUGGGAGCUCAUCAGAACGGUCACGGAAGCCCACGUGGCCACCAAUGCACAAGGCAGCCACUGGAAACAGAAAAGGAAAUUUCUGCCUGAAGACAUUGGACAAGCACCAAUAGUAAAUGCCCCAGAAGGUGGGAAAGUAGACUUGGAAGCCUUCAGCCAGUUUACCAAAAUCAUCACACCAGCAAUCACGAGAGUGGUGGAUUUUGCCAAAAAGUUGCCUAUGUUUUGUGAGCUGCCGUGUGAAGAUCAGAUAAUCCUGCUGAAAGGCUGUUGCAUGGAGAUCAUGUCUCUCCGAGCGGCCGUGCGCUAUGACCCAGAGAGCGAGACUUUAACCUUAAAUGGGGAGAUGGCCGUGACGAGGGGCCAGCUGAAAAACGGAGGCCUUGGGGUGGUGUCUGACGCCAUCUUUGACUUGGGCAUGUCCCUGUCUUCUUUCAACCUGGAUGACACCGAAGUAGCCCUCCUACAAGCGGUUCUGCUCAUGUCUUCAGAUCGCCCAGGGCUCGCCAGCGUGGAGAGGAUAGAGAAAUGUCAGGAGGGUUUCCUGCUGGCCUUUGAACAUUAUAUCAAUUACCGCAAACACCACGUUGCACACUUUUGGCCAAAGCUGCUGAUGAAGGUGACGGACCUACGGAUGAUUGGCGCCUGCCACGCCAGCCGCUUCCUACACAUGAAGGUGGAGUGCCCCACAGAACUCUUUCCCCCUCUGUUCUUGGAAGUGUUCGAGGAUUAAGAAGGACUGGUUCGGUUCUCACAAUUCUGACAGUGCUACUUAUGGGGUGUCAUUCCAUUCCAUUGCCUAGCUCGUUUGUGUUUCUCUGUAUCUUGGUGGGGAGGGAUUUUUGUUGUUGUUGUCGUUGGGAGGGGAAGGUUGUUGUUGGCUUUUUUUUUUUUUUGCAUUGAUAUACACAAGUGAAAACGUCCCCUGAAUGUGGGUAAUUGUGACUAUCACAGUCCGUCCUCUAGUCCUUGGGUAUGAAUACUUUGAAAAUGGCACAGUAGCAAGAUGGGAAGAAAGCUCACAAGUUCACCAGCACUAAGUGAUCACCAGCGUACAUCCUUCCCCAGUCGAUGGUGAUACAAAGUAAAGCUGUUGUCUUGGCUUAGUGAAGGACUUUACCAAUGAGGUUCCCUUUUGUAUGGCACAAAGAAGUCUUGCAAUGAAUGUAGCUUCCAUGUAUAUGUCCCCUCAUGUCCCCCCCUCCCAAGUUGAUAUGUAGUAUCUAAAAUCCUCACUCCUGCUCAUUUCCUUAAGACAUCUAUCCUCUUCCUGCCCAGAUAAGAACUUAGACUUAGGACCUGGAGUGGGGCUUUAGAAGGCAUUUAGUCCAAACCUUCCACUUUACAGAUGGGGAAACCAAGUCCUUGAGUAGCUAUGAGGUUUGUCCAAUCACAUGCUGAGAUUUAAAAUUCAAGGUCUCUGACUCAAAACCCAGCAUUUUUUUCACUGUGCAAUGGACUUACCUUAGAUAUAUGACCAUCAGGAUAUCUGUUGUCUGUCAAGUCAGAUAGAUCUUUCGAUGUAAUAUUUCUCUGAUCCUUGCAGUUGAGUUCAUGACCAAUGCAGGGAGUAGAUCAAAGAUGUAGAUGGGUUUGUUGAACUAAUGGAGUACAUGUGGAAAGGAAGAGGUUGGGUGACCACAAAGAAAUUGGAAAGCUAUGCCAAGGUCAAGGACUCUACAGUGCAUAGGAUAGUAUGACUUAGAAGAAGCAACCAAUAUGGUGUGAUGAAAGAUGAAGAAAACUUAAACAUGAACCCAACUGAUUGACCAAAUGUAGUCCCUUUUGAAUGGUGGUGGUUCUUCCAUGUUAUCACUGAAGUUGUGUGCCCUGAUGGCCUAAGCGAGAGGUGAUCUUGACUGAUCUGACAACAAUUUUCCUUGCAGAUGAAAUCUUCUAAUCAAAGAGAGCAGUAGAACAUCAAUCUGAGUCUGAGUUGAGGAAGUAUUCUAAGGAAAGGGAUGGGCUACAGUUACAUUCAAAGCGGAAGAAAAAUGGGACAUCCAAUGGUCCCACUGUAGGCUGAUACUGUAGAAAAGGCCCGCCAUUACUCCGAGACAUGCCUAAAGUCAAAGGGUUGUAGAUGGAGAACUGGAAGAAGGAGGGAUCGCCUUUCAUUUUACAGUUGAAGAAAUGAAGGCCCAGGGAAAUUGAGGGACUUAGCUAAAUUCACACCAGUAAAAACCAUCUGAGGUAGGAUUUGAACCCUCAGUCUUCUACCUUUAUAGCCUAUAUACCUUUAUAACUAUUCAUCAUGCUAUCAUUCCCCAUUCCUAUCCCUUCUCUUAACAGACUUAAAAUCUAUUGCAAGAACAUGAGCAUGAAGUUUCUUGGGGCUUGGGGGGCUUGGGGGGGUUUUGUUUUUAAAUCAUACUUAAAGCAUGGAAUUUUCACUAUACCAUACAAGAAGUAUGCAGGAUUUGAACCUAGCCCCUCUGGCUUCAGAUCCAUGUCCUUUCCUCCAUACCACACUGCCCCUCUCACUGACACUAAUAAAUUUCCCCUGAGUCCUUGUGAUCAUGGUACAUUAUAGAGCUUGGCAGUUAUUUCCUAGAGGAAAAUAAAAUUUCACCUCUCCCUGUUUUAUUUUCUUGUACAAUUGCUCCACAUGACUAUUCAGAAUGGAGGUACCUAUAGGCUAGCAACUAGGUGGCCCAGUGGACAGAGUCCCAUCUGGAGUCAGAGUCAAAUCUGGUCUCAGACACAUACUGGCUGUGUGACCCUGGGCAAGUCACUUAACUCUGUUUGCCUCGGUUUCCUCAUCUGUCAAAUGAGCUGGAGAAGGAAAUGGCAAACCACUCCAGUAUCUUUGCCAAGAAAACCCCAAAUGGGAUCACAACGAGCCAAUAACUGAAAAGACUCAACAACAAUCUAUAGGCCAUUCAGUUUGGCCCUGGAUCAUUAGGAGAAAUGGUAAAUAUUAGAAAAAGUUACGUGUGGAAGCUCAGAUAGUGAACUACCACCUUUCUUCUGUAAGAUGACAGAGAUUUACUAGAGGGUCUAUAAGGUGCCUUCCAACUCUAAGUCCUGUGAUUCUAUGAUUUUUUUGGUCCUAGUCAAGCAUCAGCAAACCUUUAUUAAGUGCCUACUAUGUGUCAGGCAAUACCAAGACAAAAAUAAAAUAAAAUGCUCCUGCCCUCAAGGAGCUUCUAGUCUAAGCUUAUGAACUUUAGCAAAUUGAGCUACAAUUCAUUCUUUGGUAUGGAACUAAUCUAAAUGAUGCAAUAGAUAAAUUAUAGGUAGACAUCUUUUUAUCAGCUCAUUCUGUAAAAUUUGAGAACCACAAGACAGAAUCCAUACAAACUGAACAGCAAAAGACUCCCCCAAAGCCCACAUUCAGAAAAGCAGCAUGGGGUAGUAGAAAGUCCUCCAGAUUGGACAUGAAGAGAUUAGGCAUCUGGUCUCCACCUCUCAGAACCUGUUUCCGCAUCUAUAAAAUGACAUAGUCAUGCUGGAUGGUCUCUAAAGGUCUCCUCUAGCUCUCAAAUUCUUUGAAAAUUCAGGAAUUUCAGAAAUUUUUCAGAAGAUUCUAUCUUCUUACAAACACCUUCCAUUAGACCAGCACUGCAUUUAUAAGCAGAGAUUUGAUUCACAUUCCUCUUAACAAAGAGCACAUCAACUAAUUAUGAAUGAAAUAGGUAGAAAGGGGCAGGAUGUCCAUCUUGAGAGUGGAGGAUGAAAGGCACUGGAUAGCCAGAGAGGAUAGAAAUAAGUCAUGGAAGGUUUGAAAAGGGGAAAUAAUUCAGAAUGUGCUAACUAACCAAUAAGUUACAAGGGCAUGACUCCUUUAGGAGUGAAAACUAACACCUUCCUCAUGGAAAUUCAUUAACUGUACAAAAGAAUCAAAACUCUAACAAAAAUCUUCAUGCAGUUUUAAGCUAUUAAAGCUUGGUCAGGUAUUAAAUUCUUUUAAGCGAGUAAAGCUGCGCUAAGACUUUUGGAACAACAUGUCCAGUCCCUACUCCAUUAUCUACCCAUAGAUUGUUGGAAUUUAUCUUCUCCAUACAAAUCUCACUUUGAGGGUAUAUUGACUAUGUCAACCGAGUCAGCAUCCUUGAAUAUUUGCUCAGUUAACAGCUCAACUCCCUCUUUGCAACAGAAACAUUUGGCCAUCUGCUCUGCUUCUAGAAACGAUUGAAGGAAGAGAAAAAUUGCACCCAGCCAAGAGAGGGCAGGCUAUUCAAGGCAUGGAGUAAAUUAGGGGAGAGGGACAGGAUGGGGAAAUUGGAUGGGUUCCCAGCUCUUCUUGAAUCAUUAAUUCCCAAUAUAACAUUAUUAUUUUCCAAGUGAAAAAUCAGACACACCUUUAUUUGCUAUGUGACACUGGAAGAGUCACUUCACCUCUCUAGGCCUCAGUUUCUUUGUCUGUAAAAUGAAGGGGCUGGACUCCGUAACCUCUAAAGUCACUUUUUUCAUCCUCCGUGUGAUGUAAAAGGAAAUGCCAUGUCUAAAGCUAAACAGAAAGUCCUCCAUUUAUGUGAACCCCCAAAGUUGGUCAUAUGCAAAGCAUGCUUAGACUGCAUCCACAGCACAAAGGGAAGAGAUUAUUUGAUAGUUAUCCUGAUAUUCCAAUGGAUAUAAACAGCCAGACUGAUUUAGGCCUGAAACCUUAAAUCUAAAUUUGUCUAGUUGGCUGUCUGUACUGAUGAAAUCAUCUUUAAAGGGGUGAGCUUUGGAAGUCAUGUUCACGAUGCAUGAGUCUGUCUUUUAUGUAUCUCACUUGGGUACCCAAGCCAUCUCAGAACUCCAUCCCAUGAAAGCUAAUUGUGAGGAGUUGUCUUGGAUUUUUUUUACCUUAUGCCAGGACUUUAGGUUCAAGUAUAUCUCUGGAUGAACAGGAUUCUCCUCUUGCCUUUGAGGAUGAAAUCCUAACGAAUCUGAAGAUUUCUGUGGGACCAGAUUUCUCACUUAUAAACCCCUUAACUAUGGGGAAUGUUUGGUGUGCUUGUGUGCUUGUGUGUGUGUGUGUGUGUGUGUGUGUGUGAUAUCUCUAUUUCCACUCAUCAGCUUAGCAGUAUUUCCAAACCCACUGCAAAUGGUGAUCUCUUCGUUUCCUUUAUGGUUCUACCAAAAAACUCCAUGUGCCACAGCCGAGCUUUUUGUGGUCAAGUGAGCUUUGCUCCUUAGCAACAUGCUUCAAAUUUUAACUCCACAGUCCUGUGAUGUGCAGACAUCUGGGUCUGGAGCAAUGCCUAUGCAGUUUUCUAUGUGCUAAUUAUAUGGUAGGUAACCCUCUGCCAAGCUCUAGGAUUUUUAGAAACCCCACUCUGCUCCAACAUGCUAAUGGUGAGCUUUUCUUGUGACUUGGGUGUGUAAGCAUCAACAACCUCCCUGUGCCCUCCUCCCUACCCCAUCCCCAAAUCUUGCCUUUUUUGGAGCUACUGAUCACUCUCAAAAUGUGUCAUUGUUAGUGAUGUAUUUUUAUUCUAUGGAACGCUAAUCUGUUUGUGUCAUACUGACCUUAAGUUGCAUGAAUCAUAAAUUUGAAAAUCAAUCCUAUGGUUUUGAAAUGUAGCCAGUAUUUGUAAGGCUAAACCUUUUUCAUUAACUGAAUUUCAAUGAGCAACCAAGGAAUAUUUACCCUUCAAAAGGAGAGCAAAGGCAAACAUUUGAAAUAAUGUCACCCUUUCCAACAACCAAGUCCAUCGGGUUCUCAAAUAAGCUCUUAAUUUUUCCUGUUAUUUGAAUAAUAUGGAAUUAUUAAUGUAGUGUUUCUUUUGAUAGAAAGAUAAUAUGAUCGGUAUUUAAAUUUUAUAGAAAAUGAAUUUUAUCAUACUGUGAUGUAGAUAUUUAUUUUCCAGGUAAGAAGCCACCCAGUAUGUAUUUUUUACAAUGGAAAAUUUUGCUUUUAAUCUUAAAAAAAAUAAAAAAAUUAAAACAUAAAAAAUACACACAUACAUGAAACAAACUUAAAAAAAAGGUUUGGCCUUAUCACAGAAUUUUUCCUGUGCUAUAUCAAUGUUUGCAGAUGCAAAAAGUAUGAAUUUUUCUUGUGUCUCCACAUUGACAUUGUAUGUCGCCUUCAGAAGCAAUAUUGUGCAGGUCAAAAUACGCUGUUUGUGUCUCUCCAUCACACAGUUUACCUACUUAAAAAAAAAAAAAAAGCAAACCCUUCUUAUGCACAAGACAAU